AUGGAGAAGCGUUAUGAGUGUGACGUGUGUGGCAAGGCCUGGCAGAGUGCGUGUCAGCUGGAGACCCACCGGCGGUUGCACACGGGUGAACGUCCCUUCGACUGCUCGGAGUGCGGCAAGAACUUCGCCAGCUACGACAAACUGCUGCGGCACAACCGCGUGCACUCCGGCGAGAGGCCCUUCACCUGCUCCGAUUGCGGCAAAGGCUUCAAGACAGCGAAUCACCUGAAGGACCACCGGCGGGUGCACACGGGCGAGAAGCCCUAUGGCUGCUCCUCCUGCGACAAGAGCUUUGCCCUGUGGUCGGGGCUAUGGCGGCACCGGCGGGUGCACAGCGGUGAGCAGCCCUACACCUGCUCCGACUGCGGCAAAGGCUUCAAGUCAUCCACCAACCUGAAGAUCCACAGGCGUCUGCACACCGGGGAGCGGCCCUACACCUGCAGCGACUGUGGCAAGGGCUUCACUUGCUCCAGCAUCCUGCUGGAACACCAGCACAUCCACACCGGGGAGCGUCCCUACACCUGCGGCCAGUGCGGCAAGGGCUUCAUCCACUCUAGCAACCUGCUGGUGCACCAGCGCACCCACACCGGUGAGCGCCCCUACACCUGCGACCAGUGUGGCAAGGGCUUCACCCGCUCCACCGGGGUGUUGGAGCACCAGCGCACCCACACUGGCGAGCGUCCCUACACCUGUACCCAGUGUGGCAAGGGCUUCAACCGCUCCGACAGACUGCUGUCUCACCAGCGUACCCACACCGGCGAGCGCCCCUACACCUGCUACGACUGCGGCAAGGGCUUCACCCAGUCCCACAGCCUGCUGGUGCACCAGCGCACCCACACCGGCGAGCGACCCUUCAUCUGCACCCAGUGCGGCAAGGGCUUCACUCGCUCCGACAGACUGCUGUCCCACCAGCGGCCAAUCAGCCGCUGUCUCCAAGGGGGUUGCGCCCAAUCACAUAAUGUGCCGAUCACUCGGCGGCAAAUCAGAUGCAGUCUCCGAGGGCCGUUGCGGCCAAUCAUCAAGCAGCUUCCCUUGCUGAAGCAGAAGCCAAGGUCAAGUGGCAAGAAAGAAGCUCAGGGAAGCCAUGUUGAGCACGCUUACAAAAUGAAAGUGGUUUAUGAGCCGUUGCUUUGGACGGAAAGACGGGAACGUGAGCGGCCAUUGAGGGCGGCCAAGGUGCCGGCUUCGAUGCGGGACCACAUGACGGGGAACAACAAGGAGAAGCGUUGUGAGUGCGAUGUGUGUGGCAAAGCCUGGCAGCUGCCAAGCCAGCUGGAGACCCACCGGCGGGUGCACACGGGAGAACGCCCCUUCGACUGCUCUGAGUGCUGCAAGAGCUUCACCAGCUGCGCCAACCUGCUGCUCCACAGCCGCGUGCACUCUGGCGAGAGGCCCUUCGCCUGUUCCGACUGCGGCAAAGGCUUCAAGUCCUCCACGCAUCUGAAGAGGCACAGGCGCCUGCACACCGGGGAGCGCCCCUACACCUGCAGCGACUGCGGCAAGGGCUUCACCCACUCCAGCAACCUGCUGUCCCACCAACGCACCCACACCGGCGAGCGCCCCUACACCUGCGCCCAGUGCGGCAAGGGCUUCACCCGCUCCAACCGGCUGCUGGAGCACCAGCACACCCACACCGGGGAGCGCCCCUACACCUGCGCCCAUUGCGGCAAGGGCUUCACCCGCUCAAUCCGCCUGCUGGAGCACCAGCACACCCACACCGACGAGCGCCCCUUCACUUGCGCGCAGUGUGGCAAGGGCUUCACCUGCUCCAGCAGCCUGCUGGUGCACCAACGCACCCACACUGGCGAGCGUCCCUACACCUGCACCCAGUGCGGCAAGGGCUUCACCCAGUCCGGCACCCUGCUGUCUCACCAGCGCACCCACACCGGCGAGCGUCCCUACACCUGCAGCCAGUGCGGCAAGAGCUACACCCGCUCCUCCAGCCUGCUGUCCCACCAGCGCACCCACACUGGCGAGCAUCUCUACACCUGCGUCCAGGGCGGCAAGGGCUACACCACCUCCUCCAAGCUGCUGUUCCACCAGCAGGUGCACGCUGGCAACCGUCCCGUCCCCAGCGUGGUGUGUGGAGAGAGCUUUGCCAUGGCAUCCCACGCCCUGUCUCACCAGCGGGUGCACACCAGUGGCCAGCCCUACGACUUCCUGUACUGCGGUGAGGCGUUUGAUAGCUCGUGGGAGUUACGGCAGCACCGGCGGGCCCACGCCGACGAGCGGCUGAUCCCACUGCUGGAAGCAUUUGAAGAAUGCAUGGGGGCGGCGGGAGCACCAGCGGUUACACAGACCAUGAUGGACAAGAUUGAAGAAGUUCUGUACCUGAAACGUCACGCAUUCCUUCUCUCCACAGACGCUGCCUGACCCGCUAAGUGACUCCAGCACUGUGAUCUUCUUCCCAUGAUGCAUGCCGCCCCCACACCACGUGACUGUGCAAUGGGAGGGGGCGGGCCGGCAAUCCCCCUCGGAUUGGCGGUGACGUCAGGGCGCCGGUCGUACGCACGUCUGUGUGUGAGGC